GGAGAGCGGGCCCCUGGGGUGGCUCCGGUCUGUCUUUCUCUCUUGGAAGAAGGAAGGAAAGAAGAGAGAAGGAGAGCGGGCCCCUUGAUUGACUCCUGUCCGUCUUUCUCUCCCGAAGGAAGGAAGGAAGGAAGAGAGAGGGCCCCUGGGGUGGCUCCGGUCUGACUUUCUCUCUCGGAAGAAGGAAGGAAGAGAGGGAGGUCGGGCCCCUGGGGUGACUCCAGUCUGACUUUUUCAGAAGAAGGAAGGAAGAGAGGGAGAGCGGGCGCCUGGGGUGGCUCCGGUCUGCCUUUUCCUCUCAGAAGAAGGAAGAGAGUGGGUGCCUGGGGUGGCUCCGGUCUGACUUUCCCUCUCGGAAGAAGGAAGGAAGAGAGAGGGACAGAGGGCGCCUGGGGUGGCUCCGGUCUGCCUUUUCCUCUCAGAAGAAGGAAGGCAGAGAGGAAGAGCGGGCGCCGGGGGUGGCUCCGGAUGCGCGCGCGCCCCUGAGAGGAUGGCCUCGGAGCUGUCCCUGGGCGUGGUGGGCGUGGGGGGCGCCCCGGCCGACCACCUCCCCACCAGCCCCUUGGCCAUCGAGUACGUCAACGACUUCGACCUGAUGAAGUUCGAGGUGAAGAAGGAGCCGGCGGAGGCCGAGCGCUUCUGCCACCGCCUCCCCCCGGCCGGCUCCCUCUCCUCCACGCCCCUCAGCACCCCCUGCUCCUCCGUGCCCUCCUCGCCCUCCUUCUGCGCCCCCAGCCCCGGAGGAGGAGGAGCUGGGGGAGGAGGAGGAGCGGGGGCCAACGCAGGAGGGCCCCAUGGAGGCCAAGCUGGACCAGGAGGACCCCUCCAACAAGGUGGACACGGCGCAGGAGGAGGAGGUCAAGGCAACGGGGGCCAAAGCAAGGCUCAACUGGAGGAGCUCUACUGGAUGUCCGGGUACCCCCCACACCUCAACCCAGAGGCGCUGAACCUGACCCCCGAGGACGCCGUGGAGGCGCUCAUCGGGGCCCCUCACCACCAUCACCACCACCACCACCAGAGCUAUGAGGGCUUCCGAGGAGGACAACCCUUCCCUGGGGAGGAGAUGGCCCCUUCGGCGGGGCACCAGCACCACAGCAAUGGGGGCCACCACCACCACCACCACCCAGCGGGAGGGCACCACCACCACCACGGGCACCACCCUCACCACCACCACCACCCUCACCACGCGCUGCGGCUGGAGGAGCGCUUCUCGGACGACCAGCUGGUCUCCAUGUCGGUGCGGGAGCUGAACCGGCAGCUGCGGGGCUUCAGCAAGGAGGAGGUGAUCCGCCUCAAGCAGAAGCGCCGCACGCUCAAGAACCGCGGCUACGCCCAGUCCUGCCGCUACAAGCGCGUCCAGCAGCGCCACAUCCUCGAGGCCGAGAAGGGCCAGCUCCAGGGACAGGUCGAGGCCCUCAAGGCCGAGCUGGCCCGCCUCGCCAAGGAGAGGGACCUCUACAAGGACAAGUACGAGAAGCUCGCCCUCGCCAACAACAACAACAACAGCAGCGCCAACAACAACGCGCGCGCCUACGGGCCAGCCCGGGAAUCCGCCAACAACAACAGCAACAGCAACAACAAAGCGCCCUCCGCCGCAACAGACUUCUUCCUGUGAGGACACAAGGGUGCUUCAAGGUGUGACGGGGGGAAUCCCGCGCCAAAAGGACACUCGCUCUCUGUGCAUCUCUCCAAAAAUAAGGCCCAGCCUGGCCUCCACUUUUUGGAGAACUUUGGGGAGCAAAAAGGAUGAGACUGUGCGCAAAGGAAGCCUCUCCAAAAGGGACUUUCUCUUUCUGCAUCUCUCAAAAACAUUAGGCACACUUUGGGGCACUUUUUGGAGGACUUGGAGAGUUUACAGAAAGGAGCAAAAAGGAUGAGACUGUGCGCCAAGGAAAGCUCUCCAAAAGGGACUUCCUCUUUCUGCAUCUCUCAAAAAAUUCAGUCCACUUUGGGGCACUUUUUGGAGAACUUUGGGGAGCCAAAAGGACGAGAUUAUGCGCAAAGGAAGCUUCUCCGA